UAACCGAAACAGCAAAAAGAGGAGCAAAUUAAUAAUGUGUGUGACAGUGGGACCUUCAUCUCUCAGAGUCCAGUUUAAGUUCAGCAGCUAAUGUGCAGCUGUGACCCUCACAGAGUGGAGAGCCAGAGUCUUCAGUCACGUUGUGGCAGCUUCAGAGAGACCGAACACCUCCGAGAGUCAGGUUAGGCUCCAGCAUGCAGCACCAUUAGUCACACCUCAUUAAUUUUCCUCCGGAUCGCAUGGUGACGAAAUCAGGUCGGUAUAAAGGCGGCACCUGCAGCGCCGGAGACCCAGAGGAGAGCGGCAGCAGCAACGAGAGUCAUCACAGACAGGAACGACUGAAAACCGCCACAGGAAGAAGAAAAUGCAGCCAAAUUUCUCAGUUUGCUGUUUUUCUCUGCUGUUCAUUAAUUUCAUAGGAGCUAAACCCAUUUCUGACAUACAGAGUUUGCAGCAGCUUUUGGAGAAUGAAAUCAUCAACUUUCCCCUCUCCUCUGAGGAGGCGCAGGUGGAGGAGAGCGACUUCGGCUCAGACAGGUCUGUGCUUGGCGCUGUGGGGCAGCGGGAGCCGUGGAGCACCGUCGACCGCCGCAGCGCCGCGCCGCUGGCCAAAGACGACGUGCUGGCGCGUUUCCUCAAAGACAUCAUGACCACCUCCAAGCGUUCGUGGAGUCGAUACAAGAAAGGCGGUUUGAGGAGCUGCUUCGGGGUCCGCCUGGAGCGGAUCGGCUCCUUCAGCGGACUGGGAUGCUGAGGUCCGUUCUCCCGGAGACGUUGCAGAACGCCGCAGCAGUUACUGCUCUCACCCAACACAGAUUUAUUCCCUUUCAUUGUGUUUUCUAAAAUGAAAGCUGCUGAAUUCUAAUUUAUUGUUUGUGUAUUUAUUAUUUAUCUUUCUAUUGGAUACAGUCAAGUUGCCUUGUGAUAUUCUGUAUUGGAGUAAAAUAAUUAUUUUGCAUAUAAA